UUUUAUUGCAAUUCUCAUUUUUCUGCCAACCCCACCAGGCACCAACAAGUGAUGAAAUUGUUCUAUCAACUCAAGAUGAGACUCAACUUGCAAACUCAGUAAAAAAAAAGAACAUAGAAAUUUCUUCAAGAAGUAUGGCUUUUAAAGACUGUUCUAAAAGAAGGGAGGUUCAGAAAUCAGCAGCUGGUAUAAAAGUCUCAAAGAGUUUUCCUCUUUCUAGUCUUGCAUCUUUGGAGUCUUUGUCCUUGCCACUGGUGCAAGAGGUUGUUCUUUCUGCGGAUAUGAAAUGUGAGAACUGCCAGAAGAGAGUUUCUGAUAUUAUUACAAAAAUGAAUGCAGAAACUGAGUCCAUAGUGGUGAAUGUAUUGGAAAAGAAAGUGAUACUUACUUUUAGAAUAUCAUCAACUAGACAUGUUGGUAAAGUUAUCUCACACAAAGUAGUUACACCUAAAGUUGCCAUUAUCAAACGGAUAUUCCGGUCAUCCAAUGGUUAGAAAGGAAGCACAUGUGCAUAAGAUUCUAUAGAUUGAGUUGAUAAUGUACAGCACAUAGUUUUUGGAGUAUUCAUGAUUGAAUUUGUUUUGUGAUUGCUUGCUCAACAUGGAUAGUCACAAAUAGAGAUGAAGGGAUUUUAUUGAAUUUUUGUGUUUGAAUAAAUUCUUAGUUUAUAGAGAUGAGAAACACAUUUAACUCAUUUCAACAUAAUGCAAUAUUUGGUAGCUUUUCUUACACUUUGAGAAUAAGAAUUAAUAUGAUGCUUCAAUU